CCGCUUUCCUCCGAGAGAUCGAUCGAUUUGUUCGGGAGAGCGAGCUCUGAGAGACAUCCAUCACCCACCCGACCAGAAACCAGUCGGAGGGCUAUCACCGAGAACGACCCACAAUAGGAACGAAAGCAGAUCAAGUACAAUAGACAAAAUCAGCAGCAUCUUGCUCCUUAAAAGAACUUCCCUUGCAAGUUGCGACUAAGUUUCGGCGAGUCCACCGAUAUUGAACGUACCGGGCACCUGCAGACGGCGAAGUGCGCCACACUACUUAUUCCAACCCUGAAACACCAUCCAAGCCGUCCACAAGGCUGGAUUGUACCGAAGACCGGGGCAUACGCGUAUACCGAUUAGUGCGCGGACACAAUACGGGCACGUCGAAUACAUAUUUAGUCUAAAGACAAGAUUCUGCUCUCUCCAUUCAUUCGAGGGAGUACGGAAGCUCGAAAUGGCGCCGACACCGCCUUCCACCACCCCUUCAAGCACCGGACAAUCCCCAGACGCUCAGUUCCGAGUCGUCAGAAAACGGAACCGGAUCCCUCUAUCUUGUGCGCCAUGCAGGAACAGAAAACUCAAAUGUAACCGCGCCCAUCCCUGUGAUAACUGCACCAAGCGUGGAGAUCUCGGAUCUUGCACCUACGCUAACCCUGGCGUCCGUAAGAAGACCUCAUCAAGCAAUGCCUCUUCCGGUUCUCCUGACGAGAUGCAAAGCCGUAUUGACCGACUGGAAGGCUUGGUAUUAUCGCUUAUGACCAAUGGCACGCAAUCCGCAGGUUCGACCGCAGCGCACGCCGCAAUAUCGGAAAGUAUCAGUGGCAGCUCGCAGGAUGCGCAGGGUGACCUAGAGAAUAGUGAAAUGGUAGCCGUGGAGCAGGAAGGGGAGGAAAACGAGGUGGAUCAAGUCGGCCAUUCGAUCGGGAUGAUGAAGAUUGAUAAAGAUAAGGCGGUAUUUGCUUCGGAAUCGCACUGGUAUGCGAUACUCGGAGAGAUCGCCGAAGUCAAGAACUAUUUUAACGACCACAAGAAACAAUAUGAGGAACAAGUCCGAAAGAUCAAAGCGACCAAUCAGACCGAUGAUCGUUUUGAGAGUGUUCCUCUUUUAGGGACCCCAAAACCAAGCAGCAAAGCUGAGAUUUUGAGUGCUUUCCCGCAGAAGCCGACCGCGGAUCUACUAGUCACCCGAUACUUCAAUACAUACGAUCCUGCAUUGCACAUCAUCCAUGGACCGACAUUCCAAAGGCAAUACGACCAGUACUGGGCGAAUCCGAAUGAAACUCCGGUCAUCUGGCUCGGACUGGUGUUUGCCAUGAUGUCCAUUGCCCUUCAAUCAUACCACCGAGCAGGUGAUGAACCCCCGGAGUAUCGUGGCCGGUCAUGGAAUAUGUCCAAUGAGUAUCGCAGGCUGACGGCGCAGUGCUUGGUGUUUUCCGACAUCACGCAGCCCAUCACCCAUAUGCUGGAAACACUGGUCCUCCACGUCCACGCGGAGCAUUCACGAAGCAAUGAUGCGGAGCCCGGCAUCCUGGUUACGGUAAGCAUCCUGGUGCGCCUAGCGAUGCGAAUGGGAUACCAUCGCGAUCCGGCUCCGUACCCAAACGUCACCCCCUUCCAAGGCGAGAUGCGAAGGAGAGUAUGGGCGGUAAUCCGGAACAUGGACUUGUUAUUCUCCAAUCAAGCCGGCCUGCCGCCGAUCGUGAGGUCAUCCGACACCAAUACCGAGCUGCCACUGAAUGUGUAUGACGACGAGCUUGACGAGCAGAUGAAAACAUUGCCGAUUGGACGACCGAUGCGAGAGGCAACCCCGGCAACCUACAUGAUCCAGAAAACCCGUUUAGUCGCCCUCUUCGGCACCAUCGUCGACGUCGUGCAAACCCUGAAUACCCCCGCCUACGAAGAAAUCAUGAAACUCGACCAACGCGUCCGCGAGCUCAAAGCCUCCAUCCCCCCACACCUCGUCGCCCGCCCCAUCGCCGAGUCCGGCCGCGACCCCUCCUCCCUCAUCAUGCAGCGCUGCUCGCUCGACUUCCUCGUCCUCCGCUGCCUCUGCGUUCUCCACCGCCGCUACAUGCGCGCCGCCCGCAGCAACCCGCGCUUCGCCCACUCCCGCCGCGUCUGCGUCGACGCCUCCCUCGACCUCCUCAAGCACCAGGCCGUCCUCCAGCAGGAAACCCACCCAGGCGGCCGCCUCGCCAGCGUCACCUGGUUCAUCUCCUCGCUCACCAUGAACGAGUUCCUCAUGGCCGCCAUGACCGUCGCCCUCGACCUCUACCACACUUCCGAAGCCGAGUGCGCCGCCGGGAUCCGCCUGCCGCUCGAAAACCCCCCCAAGGAGAGUUGCGCGCUGAUGACCGCCCUCGAGCAGAGCCUCGUCACCUGGGACUCCCUGAAAGAUCGCAGCGUCGAGGCCUACAAAGCCUACAAUACUCUCUCCGCCACCAUUCCGAAGCUGAAAACCCACUGCGCUGCGACUUACGGUGCCGAACUCACCUCGUCGGCGGGAGCCGGGUUCGCGACCACGGGCUUGCCGUCUAGCGUAGAUGCGAAGAUGUCCCCCGACCAGUCGGCCGCGAUGACGCUGGGAAUGCUGAGCGCCGGAGGGCUGGCAGCGAAUUCAGGCAAUACGUUCUAUGCUCAGCAACAGCCGCCGUUCGAUGGCCCGGCGGGGAUGGCAGCGUAUACAGGGACGAUGGGCCCAGCUGGAGGGAUGGCGGCGCCGGAGGCGGUGGGCGUGACGAAUCCGUUUUCGUCGCUGUUUGGGCCUAGUAUUGGGAGUGGGUUUCCGGGGAUGGAAGUGCCGUCCGCGAAUCUGAACUGGGACCAAUGGGAUACCAUCCUCCAAAACCCCCCCCUCGACUCCUCCUCCAACUUCUGGCCCGGCACCAUGGAUCUCUCAUCCGGCAUCCUCGGCGCCGACAGUUCGACCACCGGCGCGCCAACCACUACAACUUCCGGCGUCCAGGCGAGUUCAGUUCCGGAGUUUAUGCGGACGAAUGCGCAGGCGGGAGACGAGCAGACGAAGGCAGUGACGGAGAAGAUGUUUCCUGGGGCGGUGUUUCGUGGGGGUUUGGGGUUUGAAUAAGGGGGGAGAUGAAGCGUGGGAUUGAGUGGAGGGUUUGGGUUAUGACGUUUAUGGGCUAUGAUGGAUGGGAUAGAACUCUGCUCACUUACACCGGAUUGCGUCCAGGUUAGGGGUGGGUUGGUGGCAAGCGAUUGAUCGGCGGGGGGAAA